ACCACGCACGCAAACAUACGUUCAUUGUAUGAAUAUUAUUUUGAAAAAUAAAAUAAAAUUGUAAUAAUAAAAAACGAUUAUGUCGUUUUAAAUUUGUGCUACGUGCGUGGUAGUGUUUGAAAUAUUACUCUGUUUAGACGAACAAAACAUGAAGAUUAAUGUUAAUUUAUUAAUAAAAGAAAUAGUCUGAUAACUCACAAAAUUAUCUGUGGAUGUCAUAGUUUUGUUUAGUAUCACAGUUAAACGUAAUUAGGUAAAUAUGUCUAUACAACAAACAGAAACACCGAAUCCUUGUGGAAGUCCAGAUGAGACGCCCUCAUCGUCUCCGGCACCCGAAGCGGUGAACAAAUUCAAUUGGCUGAAGAAAAGCCAUGCGAACAGGACCAACCCCUUCGUCAAGGCACGCCCGUCAUUGACCAGGGAGAGUUCAGCCGCCGAGCUGUUCUCCAGACAAAAUUCGAAUUCCGAUUUCUUCCAAAGCUCCAGAUUGAAUCUGUUCGAGACAACAGCGAAGCCAGAGGUGUCCGAUCGGAACUACAAAGAGGGUGUAUCGUUCAUAGGAUGGCAUUCACGCACAAGAUUGGAGCGUGUUCUGCUCGUGACCAGCGCUACGCUCUUUGUGGGCGUACUACUCAUGGUGACUCUGUUGCUAACCACAAGAGGUACUCCGGAUAUUCCUGUGCCACCAUGCUAUCAGCCUGAACCUAAAGGCCCAAGCAUUUGUCUUUCGAGCUCCUGCAUUUACACUGCCAGCGAGGUCAUCCAGGCUCUGGACGAAACUAAGGACCCGUGCGAUGACUUCUACGAGUUCGCGUGUGGAGGAUGGCUGAGGAACAAUCCAAUUCCUGAAGGAAAAUCUACAUGGGGUAUCUUUAGUAAGAUCGAGCUGCAGAACCAGUUGAUCAUCAGGUCCGCUCUGGAAAAGGUGAAUACUACAAACAAAUCGGAGGCCGAAUAUAAGGCGCGCGUGUAUUAUGAUGCGUGCAUCGACACGAAUGAAACAAUAGAGAAACUGGCCGAGAAACCUUUGAUAGCGGUAAUCAAGAAACUCGGAGGCUGGCAUAUACUGCCGUCAACGAUGGUCAAACAGCAGAAAUGGGACUUCCAGAAGCUGGUUCAGGAUGUGCAGAACUCAUACAACCUGGGAGGCCUCUUCAACUGGGCCGUGUCUGAGGACGACAGAAACUCAUCUAAACACGUCAUCGUUCUUGACCAAGGAGGUCUUAAUCUACCAACACGAGACAACUACCUGAACAAAACCGCCCAUAAGAAGGUCCUAGAUGCAUAUCUAGAUUUUAUGACUAGGAUCUGUGUCCUCUUAGGCGCAAACAAAUCCGAGGCUCGUGCCCAAAUGAGCAAGGUCAUUCAGUUCGAAACAGAUUUAGCUAAUAUUACUACGCCCUCUGAAGACAGAAGAGAUGAAGAAGGAAUGUAUAAUCCUUAUACAAUAAGGCAGUGGCAGAAGGAAGUGUCUUUCUUGAAUUGGACCCAGUUUUUUAAUGAUGCAUUUAAGCUUGUCAAUCGUACUAUUCCAGAUACGCAGAGAAUUGUCGUUUACGCGCCAGACUACUUCAAGAAUUUGACGAGGAUCAUACAAAAGUACAAUAAAACUGAAGAAGACCAGAGAACGAUAACCAGUUACAUGAUGUGGCAAGUUUCAAGAUCUCUCUCCACUUAUUUAUCGAAGCCUUUUCGGGACGCCACCAAGAUUCUUAGGAAGGCGCUUUUCGGAUCUGAAGGCACCGAAGAGUCUUGGAGAUACUGCGUCACUGACACUAACAAUGCUAUUGGUUUCGCGGUUGGAGCCAUGUUCGUCCGCGAAGUCUUCCACGGCGAAGCGAAGACCCAGGGAGAAAUAAUGAUUGAUAACAUCCGUAACGCUUUCAAGGAGAACCUGAGGAAUUUGGACUGGAUGGACACCGAGACGAGGAAAGCGGCCGAGACGAAGGCUGACGCUAUAACUGAUAUGAUCGGUUUCCCGGACUACAUUCUCCACAAAGACGAACUGAACAAGCAAUAUGAAGAGUUGGUCGUUAAGCCAAACGAAUACUUCGAAAAUAACAUAGCUUACAACAUGUAUUCGCUUAAGAACGACCUAUUAAAACUGGAUAAGCCUGUCAACAAAUCGAAAUGGGGAAUGACUCCGUCUACGGUAAACGCUUACUACACUCCCACGAAGAACCAAAUAGUGUUUCCGGCCGGGAUCCUGCAGUUGCCUUUCUAUGAUGGGGACAACCCGAAGUGCGUGAACUACGGGGCCAUGGGGGUCGUCAUGGGACACGAGCUGACCCACGCUUUUGACGAUCAAGGAAGAGAAUACGACAGAUUUGGCAACUUGAACCAGUGGUGGAACGACGCGACGAUUGCGAAAUUCAAAAAGCGCGCCGAAUGCAUCCGAGAACAAUAUUCGGAAUAUACAAUGGACGGACAUCAUCUAAACGGGAAACAAACAUUAGGGGAGAACAUAGCCGACAACGGUGGCCUCAAAGCGUCUUUCCACGCUUAUCUGGACUACACCAAGAAAGCAUCAGUUAACCUAACACUGCCGGGACUAAAAUACAACGAUAGACAACUUUUCUUUAUUUCUUUUGCACAGGUAUGGUGCUCGGCAAUGACUAAAGAAUCAACGAAAAUGCAAAUUGAGAAGGACGAUCAUACAGUUGCCAAAUAUCGAGUUAUAGGACCAAUAGCAAACCUAAAGGAGUUCUCCGACGAAUUUCACUGUCCAAUUGGUUCGAAAAUGAAUCCAACACAUAAAUGUGAAGUUUGGUAAUUAAUUUAAAAUCGGUUUAGUUUCGAGCUUGUUUGACAGUUCUAUGUAUAUCGAUCAUAGCGCCAUUUUAACAAAGUGCUGGUUGCAUUGACAGUGACAGAAUUGAAUAGAAAAUUAGGCCGUACGUACACACUACGACUGGUACCUAACCGGUUUGUUUCUUGAUGUACACGAAGUCGAUGUCGCUUAACACUCAAUUAAAAAAUCAUCAGUGUAUUGAUGUUGGUACAGACGGAAGGUGUGCACUUUAGUAUAAUAUAUUUGUCAACGACGAAAACUUGAAAGUAUUCGAAUAUAAAAUUCAUUGUAUUUGAUUGCAACAUUUGCUUUUGUUCAUAGAAGUUUUAGUACAUAUUUUUAAGUUCAGUAUAGUAAAUUGAUUAAUUUGCUAAAGUGUAUGUUACAUUCAAACUUAUAUUUUAUGCCUUUCAACUAAUGUAUCAAGCGUAUAUAUGUCCUAUUAAUACUAAUAGAUAUAAGAAUUUGUUAUUACAAUUCCCGAAUAAGGAUGAACAAUGUUGACACAAUUGUAUGUGAUUUGCGUAUUAUUAGAACUUACUGGCGAUUAUAUUAUCAUUAUUUAUUGUUUAAGACGCAAGUAACGCAUUGUAUCGUAACUAUGUAAUUGAAAAAAAUAAACUUGAUGUUGGAUAAAUGUUAUAGAUAGAUGCAAAUCAACAAAUGACAGCUACCACAAUCUCCAUCUGCUGCACUGUUUUGUCCAGAGUUCUCACGUUACAAACUUUAUAACAUUAAUUGCAAUUGUAAAUUUAAACUACAAUUUGUAUUGGCUGAGAGAAUUAAAUAUAUACUUUAUUUUUGUGAAAGAUAGUCGCCCAAGUUUGCUUUAAAAAUAUUGUUAAGUAGAUUAGUCGAAUUUCACAUAAUUUAGAUCACAUAAUUAAUAUUAAUGUUCAAGAGUCCAUUGAUGUGCCAAGAUACUUAAUUCAUGAUUAACUUCAGAAAUUCAAGGCCGGUUAUUUAAUUGUCAUUUAGUAAAUUUUAUUGAGGUUAAUGCUGUUUUUUUUCUUAUAAAUUUCAACCGUAGUAUUUAGUUAAACUUACCCUAGUUAUUGUGUACUUAAUUUAGUUCGAUUUAGUUUUAGUGCCAUUAUAUUUAAAGGUCGUCAAUGUAUGUUUAAAAUGUGUGUUUUAAAUCAUUGACAAAGUGCUGGUCAUUUUCAAUUUAUUUACAUUUGGUUUUAAGAUUAUGCAUUAAUCGAUGUAAGGGUGUUUUUAUCGGUAUUUGCAUAUUUUGGAUCAUGUAGAUUUUCAUUUAAGGAUUGCGAAGAUCAAAUAUGAGUUUUUAAAAUUAAUAAUUUAUAUGUAGUAAACUAGAAUGCAUUAAGGGACCAGCAAGCUAAUCAAUGAAUUGGUUUUUUUAAAUAAGCUCUGGUACAAAUAAUAUUUUUCUUAAAGUCUACCUUUAUCUUAUAAGUAAAAAAAUAGCUGAAUACAAUAUUUAAGAAUUGUUCUAAACGUUUACAUAUUUUCAAAUCGUCGUUUAUCUAAAUGUUGCUUUACUUUAAAGUUUUACAUAAUCGUAUGAGUUUUAAUUUAAAACUUAUUCGAAGUAAGCUGUAUCUUUUUAAUAGCUUCAUUCAAUUCUUAAUAGGCUAACAGACUUAAAAGUGACAAUAAAUUUGGUGUCCACAAUUCCCUUGUUCAUAUAUCCCAAUAAAAACUCGUAAUUCAUCACAUUCAUGUCCCUGCAUUACUUAAUAUAAACUUUUAAAGUAAACACUACUUUGCUAUAGUACCUACCACUUAAGGAAAUUAUAUAGUACAGUAGGUACAUAUUAUCGUAUUUAGUGCAUAAUGUUAGCUGUAUAUUUGUUUAAAGAUUAUUGCUUGUGAAUGUUUAAAUUUAUAUAGAUGUUGUGGUUAUUUGAAAUCAAUUAUUAUCCAUCGUAGUUUCCUUUGGUAACUGCUAUAAUUGCAUAAAAUAUUAAGUUGAUUUCUAAAAUAGCACUCAUUGACCUUACAUAUUAUAUUUAUUUUUUUAUUUCCAAGUGUAAUACAUUAUAAAUAGCUAAUGGAAUACAAAUAUACACAUUAAUUUUAACGGUACAACUUGGGUCAAACCAAAUCUUAAAAUAUGAAAUGUAUUUUUUUUAAUUAAUGUUCAGUAUUAUAAGAUAAUUUUCAAAAUCUCUAUACAAUAGAGAAGUUUACCAGUAUUAUGCUUAAUAAUAUCAUAGAAUAUAUUUUGUAACAAUGUUAUGUUUUAUGUAGGUACAUAAUAAUAUUAUUUAAUAUUUAAUUUAUCCAUACAAUUUUUUGACUGAAUAAUGUUUAU